UUUCAUAUUUUGCUUUUCAGAGGGCAGAUGAUUUCAGGUGAAGACUGUGAAUUUAUUCAAAGAUUUGAACAAAAAAGAAAUCCAGAAGAAAAACAGGAGUUGUUGCAAACAGAAGGCAAUCAAUGUGCUAAAACAUUUAUAAACUUGAUGACUCAUAUCUCCAAGGAACAGACGGUUCAGUACAUUCUAACUAUGGUUGAUGAUAUGUUGCAAGAAAAUCAUCAGCGUGUUUCUAUCUUCUUCGAUUAUGCAAAACGUGGUAAAAACACUGCAUGGUCCUAUUUUCUCCCGAUGUUGAAUCGACAAGAUCUUUUCACUGUGCAUAUGGCAGCAAGAAUUAUUGCCAAACUGGCUGCUUGGGGGAGGGAACUUAUGGAAGGCAGUGACUUGAAUUACUAUUUCAACUGGAUUAAAACUCAGCUCAGCUCACAGAAACUACGUGGUACAGGGAGUUCUGCGGAAGCAGGAGCAGUCUCCACAACUGAUAGUUCCCAGUAUGUACAAUGUGUUGCUGGAUGUCUACAGCUGAUGCUCAGGGUCAAUGAGUAUCGCUUUGCGUGGGUAGAAGCAGAUGGAGUAAAUUGCAUCAUGGGGGUCUUGAGCAACAAAUGUGGAUUCCAGCUCCAGUAUCAGAUGAUUUUCUGUGUGUGGCUGCUGGCAUUUAGUCCUCAAAUGUGUGAAUAUCUCCGGCGGUAUAAUAUUGUUCCAGUGCUGUCAGAUAUUCUUCAGGAAUCUGUCAAAGAGAAAGUAACUAGAAUCAUCCUUGCAGCAUUUCGU